AUGUACAUAGUUGUGUUGAUUGAAACAGGUGAGUUAUUAGGCCUAUCACUACUCAAUCAAAUAUAUCACAAGAGUUUAUACAUUGAAGAAAAAAUAAUUAGAGACAGUCACAUUUGA